AUGGCAACUGAAUAUUGUAAAAAGAUUUCCGCGUUUCCGCAUAAAUAUGAGGGAGCUGGUAUAGGAUCAAAAUGUCCAUCACAGAUUUUAUACGCGAGAAAUUGUUGGUCAGAAAAAAUUGAACCAAAAAAAGAUCAGCGAGUGUCAGAGGAAUCGUCAAGUUCAAACAAGAUCCUAUCAAAGGAGGAUCCACUAAUUGUCGAGUUAGCAAAGUGUCUGAAAGGUAUUAAAUCAAUAAUAAAUCGGCAAAAUCAGAGAAAAAAGGACUAUCGAGAACAGGAAAAAAAGUAUCUGGAAAAUUUUAAAUCAUUAGAUAAAGAUGGAAAAAAGAAGGAGCUGAAAAAAUACUUAGAUAAAUUGAAAUUAAAGAAAAAUCUAAAACUAGAUGAGAUAAUAUCAAUAAAGUCUGUACUGGUGCAGACAAUCAAGGAAGAUGAUAAAGAAAAUGUGAAUGAUUAUUUAUCUGAACUGAUAUCGAAUGACUAUUCUAAAACUGUCAAGAGUCAACAGAAUUCAGAUCGCAGAAAAGCUGAGAAUGUGAUAAAUUUAAUUUGCCAAAUCGGUUUUAAGAAAGUAAACUUCAGCACAGAAGAAGGUAAGAGAAUCAUCGGAAAUUUAUUAGCUGACACCUUAGAUUAUUUGCUAAUUGAUAUCCGAUCCACGUAUAUCAUCUUUCGAACUAGAAUGAACAGUGAAUCUGUUUUCCAAAAAAGAUCAGCUCUUCAGUUCCUGAUUGAUAACUACUCCAAGUUUCCAGCUGGGAAUUCAACUUUGGAAGAUAAGUUCCAGAAAGUAAAUUUUAAAAAAAGCGUCGGGACCCUCGACAAUAUUAUUAACGAUUGGAAUAAUGUGACUGAUUCUGACGAAGACUCACUUGACGGAGAAAGCUUUGUUGAUAAGUUAGUACCAAAAUCCCAUAACUGGUGGUGGAAGUGA